ACUUCCUUUUAGAAGCAGAGGCCAAGCUCAAGUUGACUUUAUCAGUAAAUCAUGGGAAUGUGUAAUUUGAAGAGCAGAGAUAGAGGGACUGUGAGAAGAAACUCAGCUAGGCCGAAUCAUCCCAGCGACUUGCUCUCUGCACACAGCUCUGGUACAGCCAUGGCUUGGUUCCCCCUCCUGGUGAGAAAAAGACACGGCAGCUCCCACGGCUAGGAAAUUCUUUGAGAGAGAGAUGAAGAGACAGGUGAAGGUGAGAGUGGGUGUGGAGAGUAGAGAACACUGGGAAGAAAAGUAGAAAUGAGACAACUGGAGAACUGGCUCAAGGGUGCCUGCUGCUCUUGCAAAGGACCCAAGUUAGGUUCCCGAUACCUAUAUCUGAUGGCUCACCACUGCCUGGAGCUCUAGUUCCAGGGGACCUGGCACCCCUUUCUGGCUUCUGCAGGCACCUGACACAUACACCUACAGACACAUAAAUAUAUAAACAAAAUGAAAAUAAAAUAUUUGGGCAAGAGAGAAUGACUAAUGGGGAUCUCUUUGGGCUUCCCUUCUCUUGACUGUCCCCCUCCCUCUCUCCUCCCCUCCCUCCCUCUGGUCUCUAGAUCUCAUAGCCCUCUGUUCCUUGUUCUGAUGACAUCACCUCCCCUCCUCCCUUCUCUUUCCCAGAAAAGCCAUUUACACUUUCUUGUCAGUUUGUCCUUCCUGAGAGUCUUUCUCCUCCUCCUCCCCCAGAUCUAAGGACACACAAAAGAAACUGCAGCCCAAGAGCUCUCAUCCAUGCCUCUCCUUGGCUCGAUGUUUUCCGGCAGCAGAACAAAAAGGAACGGGCUGGUUCCAGAAGGAGCACUUAAGGCAUGGGGUGUGGGGUGGUGUGGGUCAGGGGCUGAUGUGAAGACAGAAGACAGAGACAAAAGUGCUCCCUGGGCAGUGGGACACAAGAGGGAAAGGAGGCCCUUUGGCAGAGAGGAAGAGACAGAAUUCCAAGAAAUCAAGACCUUUUUUUACCAUCUCUCUGGGAACAACUGGCAGUGCCAGGAAUUAUACCCCUAGCCCCAAUUUCCCCCUUGAAAUUGUCCAGGGUAAAAAGGAAGAGAAAUAAAGAGAGAGUAAGAAGCGCAAGGAGAGGGGUUGGGGAUUUAGCUCAGUGGUAGAGCGCUUGCCUAGCAAGCGGAAGGCCCUGGGUUCGGUCCCCAGCUCCGAAAAAAAAGGAAAAAAAAAAAAAAAAAAACGCAAGGAGAGAGCACACACAGUGCCCCAUAAGUUGCUCAUCCUUCAGCUGUUUAUUGAGAUCCAAGAGCUAUCUGUUCUAAGAAAUUAUUUUUUUAAGAUUUAUUUAUUAUAUAUAAGUACACAGUAGCUGUCUUCAGACACACCAGAAGAGGGCAUCAGAUCUCAUUACAGAUGAUCAUGAGCCACCAUGUGGUUGCUGGAAUUUGAACUCAGGACUUCUGGAAGAGCAGUCGGUGCUCUUAACUAAGCCAUCUCUCCAGCCCCCUAAGAAAUUAUUUUUUGGCCUGUGAGAUAGUUCAGUGGGGGAGGGUGCUGCCCAUCAAGGCAGAUGACCUGACUUCAAUACCCAGGACUCCUAUGAUGGGACAGAACUCCUACAAGUUGUCCUCUGUCCUCCACACACAUGUUAUGGCAAAUGGCUACCACAAGUCAAUAAAUGAUGAAAUUUUAGUGUGUGUUUUGGGUGUGUGCAUGGGUGAAUGUACUUGUGUGUACACACAAAGGCCACAAGAGGGCGCUGUGUGCCUUUUCACCACUCUCCACUUAAUGCCUUUGAGGCAGUGAGUGUCUCUUCCAGAAACUAGGAUUCAUUUUUUCUUGGCUAGGCUGGAAGUCAGCAAGUCCUGGUGGUCUACCGGUUUCUGUUUAUCUACCCCUUGUUCCAAAUUGAGGCUGGGAAUGUAGGGGGAUAUAGGAUAUCUGGCUUGUUACAUGGAUGCUAGGAUCCAAAUUCGUCCAACCUGGUGAUUGUGUAGCAAGCGCAUUUAACAUCUGAGCCAUCUCUCCAGCCCCUUAUUUUGUUCUGUGGUCAGUUAAGUCGGGCUCACUAAAGUCCAGACUGGCCUGGAACUCAUGAUCCUUCAGCCUCGGUCCCCAAAGUGCUGGGAUUAUAAGUGUAUGUGAGCCUUUCAGGAUGAGAGGUGGCUGAGAGGUGGUGGUGGUGCAUGCCUUUAAUCCCUGCACCAAGAAAGCAGAGGCAGGUGGAUCUCUGUGAGUUCAAGGCCAGCCUGGCCUAUAGAAGGGGUUUUAGGACAAGUAGCACUACACAGAGAAACCCUGUCUUGGAAAACAAACAAACAACAACAAAAUAGCUUUGAGCUUUCAGGCUAAACUCCAGGAGCCAUUUUAGGAUGAGGUUCAUGGAAAAAGGAAACACUAAGAAAGGCAGGCAGGCAGGCAGACAGACAGACACACACACACACACACACACUCACACACACAUAUACACACACACAUUCACACACACACUCACACACACAUUCACACAUACACAUAUACACCACACACACAUUCACACACACACACACCACACACACAUACACACUCAUACAAACUCACAUACACUCACACACACACCACACACACAUACACACUCAUACAAACUCACAUAGACACACUCACACACACACCACACACACAUACACACUCAUACAAACUCACAUACACUCACACACACACCACACACACAUACACACUCACACUCACACGCACUCACAUACACACACAUUCACACACACACUCACACACAUAUACACACCAUACACAUUCACACACAUACACCACACACACUCACAUACACAUCCACACUCACACAAACUCACAUACACACACACACAUUCACACACACACAUUCACACACACACUCACACACAUACACUCACACACUCACAUACACACUCACACACAUAUACACACCACACACACUCACGUGUACACACUCACACACACAUAUACACACCACACACACUCACAUACACACUCACACUCACACACACACUCACACUCACAAAUAUAUACACACCACACACACUCACAUGCACACACUCUCACACACAUAUACACACCACACACACUCACAUAUACACACUCAUACACACUCACACACACACACUCACACACACACACAUACACGAUGAAAACAAAACAAAACAAAACAACAACAACAAAAGCACAAGUCAGAGAGAUCAUAAAGAAGCAGUGGAGGGAAGAAAGAGAGCCAGGGAUGGCUGUGGCAGAGAAAUGUUAUGUUUUGUUUUGAUUUGUUUGCCACAAGGCACCUUUGUCUGACCUCACAGACCAAUUAAAGAACUCUGAAGUGGAUGAGUCGCCCUCUCUGCCUCCAUCCGCACUAACCCGCCCACCCACCCUUGCCUCUCUCCCUAACCUCUUCAUUCUCCUCAGAAGCAUAAAAGCCAGGACCCCCGCUGCUGAGAGCUGCCAAGCCAGAGCUGCUCCUGCCUGCUCCACACAGUGUAGGACAACUGGGAUUACAGAUGUGCAUCCCUGCAACCGGCUGCCACACAAGUUCUGGGAUCUGAACUCCUGGCCUCAAACUUGCCAGCAUUCCUUAGCUGUAUGCCGUGCUUUUCCAGUUCCAGGAUGGCCUGCUCCAAGCAUCUGGUCCUCUUCCUCACCAUCUUGCUAAGCCUCGCAGAAACACCAGACUCUGCACCUGCUCACAGGGGACGAGGAGGCUGGACCCUCAAUAGUGCUGGUUACCUCCUGGGUCCUGUCCUCCACCUUUCCUCAAAGGCCAACCAGGGCAGGAAGACAGACUCAGCUCUUGAGAUCCUAGACCUGUGGAAGGCCAUAGAUGGGCUCCCUUAUUCCCGCUCUCCAAGGAUGACCAAAAGGUCAAUGGGAGAAACGUUUGUCAAGCCGAGGACUGGAGAUCUGCGCAUAGUGGACAAGAAUGUUCCGGAUGAAGAAGCCACCCUGAACUUAUAGAGAGUUAGCCCUAGCUCACUCCUACGUUUCCAGCUCACCGCCUCUCCCCCCACCCCCGCCCCCAGAAGCGCUCUGAACACCCUUUCUAAGUCUAAGACCUUACAACUAUAUUCCCUAAUCUCACUAAGACAUGUUGUGAUAUUUAAAGAGUUAUUCUGCCCAGCUCCGGAAAAAAAAAAAAAAAAAAAAAAGAGUUAUUCUGACGUAA